AUAUUAAUGUCUUCACGGCAUAGCAAAAAGAAUCGUCGCGACGAAACGCCGCUUGUAAAACUAUCAAAAUCCCUAGCAUAUGUCCUUCGUCACCAUGCUAAAGACGAAGGUCUAGAUAUUCGUGAGGACGGAUACGUCAAAUUAGAUGAUUUGUUAAGAUUACCGAGAUUCAAAAAAACGACUUUUGAAGACAUUAAAUUCGUUGUUGAUAAUAGUGAUAAGAAGCGGUACACUCUGAUACAAGAAACAUCAGAUGAUGGUGUUUCUUCAUGGUGGAUACGAGCAAAUCAAGGACAUAAACUCGAAGAAAUCACGGAUUCUUUGCAAUUUCCUGAAGUAAUACAUGGAACAUAUUUACGCCAUUGGAAAAAUAUAGAAUCACAAGGCCUUUCAAAGAUGAGUCGCAAUCACAUUCACCUUGCUACUGGGCUAUUUGGAACCGAAGGCGUUAUAAGUGGCAUGAGAGCAAAUUGUGACUUGUUUAUAUAUAUCAAUCUUUCAAAGGCUAUUGAAG